UUAAGAAAAACAUCAAAAAGGAGAGACGGCACAAUAUGAGGCAAAAACCGAUACAAGGGACCAUCAAGCAGCUGACUCUCAGGAGGUGUGCCCUCUUGCUCUUGGCCUUUGAGGCCUAAGGAGAAAAGAAGCAAAGCCCAGACCCCCAUGGGACGCCCUGUUAUCCAGCAUGCGCUGCUGCUGUUGCAGUGCAUGUUGGUACUGCGCCCUUGUGGUGUUGCCAGCAGGAGAGGGCCGGUGCUGCUGCCUGAAUCUCCCUGCCACAAGACGGAGCACCCACUCAUCCCACACUCAGAGAUGGAGCCAUGGAUUUUCAGGUUCAAAGCAGAGGGCACGGUGGAUUAUUCACAGCUGACCUUCGACCCUGGCCAGAAUGAACUGAUCGUUGGUGCCAGAAAUCACCUCUUCAGGCUCAACCUGGAAGACUUGACAUUGAUCCAGGAGGCUGAAUGGCACUGUGAUGAGUUCACCAAGGGAGCCUGCUUCAGCCGUGGAAAAUCCGAGGAGGAGUGCCAGAACUACAUUAGAGUGCUGCUGGUUAAUGGGAACAGGCUGUUUACCUGUGGAACCAAUGCAUUCACACCCAUCUGCACCAAUCGAACGCUGACUAACCUGACCGAGAUCCACGAUCAGAUCAGCGGGAUGGCUCGGUGUCCCUACAACCCCCUGCACAACUCCACAGCCCUCAUCACGUCCAGCGGAGAGCUCUACGCCGCCACCGCCAUGGACUUCUCUGGACGAGACCCGGCCAUCUACCGCAGCCUUGGCGGACUGCCGCCAUUACGCACUGCCCAGUACAACUCCAAGUGGCUAAACGAGCCAAAUUUCGUCUCCUCCUAUGACAUCGGCAACUUCACUUACUUCUUCUUCCGAGAAAACGCGGUGGAGCAUGACUGCGGCAGGACCGUGUUUUCCCGAGCCGGACGUGUCUGCAAGAAUGACAUCGGUGGCCGCUUCCUGCUGGAGGAUACGUGGACCACCUUCAUGAAAGCCAGGCUGAACUGCUCCAGGCCAGGAGAAAUUCCCUUCAACUACAACGAGCUGCAGGGCACCUUCUACCUGCCUGAGCUGGAGCUGCUCUAUGGCAUUUUUACAACUAAUGUAAACAGCAUUGCUGCAUCUGCAGUGUGUGCCUUCAAUCUCAGUGCCAUAUCCCAGGUUUUUAAUGGACCUUUUAAGUACCAGGAAAACUCACGAUCGGCUUGGCUGCCCUACCCCAACCCAAACCCAAACUUUCAGUGCGGCACCAUCAACUCCGGCUCCUAUGUGAACCUGACUCAAAGGAACCUGCAGGAUGCACAGAAGUUUCUGCUGAUGCAUGAGGUGGUCCAGCCAGUGGUCCCCGUUCCUUAUUUCAUGGAAGACAACGUGCGCUUCACUCAUAUAGCAGUGGAUGUGGUGCAAGGGAAAGACACGCUGUUCCACAUCAUUUAUUUGGCCACUGAUUAUGGCACUAUCAGAAAAGUGCUGUCUCCUCUCAACCAGUCCACGGGGAGCUGCCUAUUGGAGGAGAUCGAGUUGUUCCCGCCCAGGAAGAGGCAGCCGAUACGGAGCCUGCUGAUCCUGCACAGCCGCAGCGAGCUUUACGUGGGCUUCAGGGACCAGGUCAUCAAGAUACCGCUCAAGAGAUGCAGCUACCACAAGAGCAGAGAAGCCUGCGUAGGAGCCAGGGACCCGUAUUGUGGCUGGGAUUUGUUGCUGAAAAAAUGCACCACCCUGGAGGAAAGUGUCAGAAUGAGCCAGUGGGAGCAGAGCAUCACAAAAUGUCCAGUCCGUAACGUUACAGUCGAUGGGGGCUUUGGUGCCUGGUCUGGCUGGUCCACCUGCACCCACAAUGACGGAGGCAGCUCAGGGGCUUGUCUGUGUCGGACGAGAGCCUGCGAUAAUCCCGCCCCUCAGUGUGGCGGCCAGAAGUGCUAUGGGAUCAGCGUUGAAGUCGCCAACUGUUCCCGAAAUGGAGCUUGGACUCCCUGGACUUCCUGGUCCCCUUGCAGCACCAGUUGUGGGAUCGGCUUCCAGGUGCGUCAACGCUCCUGCAGCAACCCAACGCCUCGCCACGGUGGGAGAGUGUGUGUUGGCCAGAAUCGUGAGGAAAGGUACUGUAACGAACACCUGCCCUGCCCUCCCCAUGUGUACUGGUCGGCCUGGUCGGCUUGGGAACGUUGCAACGUGCCCUGUGGCGGAGGCAUCCAAUCCCGACGCAGAACCUGUGAGAAUGGCAACGACUGUCCAGGGUGUGGUCAGGAGUACCAGUCCUGCAACACCCUGCCGUGCCCCGACCUCAAGAAGACGACGCCCUGGACGCCGUGGACGCCCGUCAAUAUCUCCGACAACGGCGGCCACUACGAGCAGCGUUUCCGCUACACCUGCAAAGCGCGCAUCCCCGACCCAAGUCUCCUGGAAGUGGGGAGGCAGAGGAUUGAGAUGCGCUACUGCUCCAGCGACGGAUCCACUGGCUGCUCCACUGACGGUGAAGUUCUUCGUCUGGGGAGGAUCUCUGGCCACACGGUGAAUGGCGGCUGGUCCUCCUGGAGUUCCUGGUCUCAGUGCAGCAGAGACUGCAGUCGAGGCAUUCGGAGCAGAAAGAGGACCUGCAGCAGCCCAGAGCCGCGGUACGGAGGACAGACGUGCCUGGGCCCGGCGCAGGAGUUUCAGGAGUGUAACAUCACGCCCUGUCCAGUGGACGGCAGUUGGUCCUGCUGGUCUUCGUGGUCCAAGUGCUCUGUGACUUGCGGAGGAGGACACUACAUGAGGACGAGGACCUGCAGCAACCCUCCGCCAGCCUACGGAGGAGACAUCUGCCUGGGUCUGCACACCGAGGAAGCGCUGUGCAACACGCAGACUUGUCCAGAGAGCUGGUCCAGCUGGUCCGAGUGGUCCCACUGUGACUCCAGCGGCGCCCAGCUGCGAGUGCGUCACUGCGACGUCCUUUUCCCCACUGGAAACCAGUGCUCAGGAAACAGCAGCGAGACCAGACCCUGCUCCCCUGACUCCAACUUUAUACCAGAAGUCUCCAUCGCACGCUCCAGUCAGGAGGAGAGGCGCUGUGGAGAUUUCAACCUUUUCCACAUGAUCGCAGUGGGUCUCAGCAGCUCCAUUCUCGGCUGCCUGGUCACGCUGCUCGUCUACUCCUACUGCCAGCGCUACCAGCAGCAGUCCCACGACGCCACGGUCAUCCACCCCAUCUCCGCCGCCCCGCUCAACACCAGCAUCACCAACCACAUCAACAAACUGGACAAAUACGACACCGUGGAAGCCAUCAAGGGCUUCAACAAAAACAAUCUGAUUCUGGAGGAAAGGAAUAAGUACUUCAACCCACAGCUUGCCGGGAAGACUUAUACCAAUGCAUACUUCUCCGACCUCAACACCUAUGAUGACUAUUAACCCCAGACUUCUAUAGCGGAGAUCAUUACCCCUGUUGUCCAUUUUGACCCCUUCCUUGUGCUUUGUAUUGAGAUUUGUAACACCUUAUGUGGGAUCCUCCCACGGUGACACUCGGUGGCAGCUGGUAUGUAACGAAAACACAAACAUUCUGGUGUUGCCAAAAGAGGGAAAUGCCCACUUUCUCUCAGGUGCCUUGGGGUACACUUGGAAAAACCUGGACUCGCCAAGAGAAAUGGACAAUUGGAUCUCCAGUGCUGCGGGAUAUUUUGGGGAGUAACAUCUAAUCUGAUUUUUUUUUUUUUUUUUUUUCCCCUGAUGCCCCUAAGACAGACCUGUAUUUGUAACGAUGGGAAAUGACCACAAAUUGCUUUGCAUGACUUCAUCUGAUGUGUUUGCUCUGCUGUUCCGUUGCAAUUUGCAUGAUGGAUCACAUUCCAGGGUUCCAGAGUUUGAUGCUGUUAUUGGUUAUGGGGUUCGCGUCAGACGUCCUAAAACAAAUAGUCUGUAGGAAUGACCGGUGGUUUUUACCACUCGCUACAAUGGUAAUGCCCAACCUGACGGUUGGAACAAUGUCCAACUCCAGUCGUAGAUUCAGGAUGUAGAUAUUUGAUGUCUGUGGUCAACAUUGGUUAUGUUAUUGUUUUUUGUUUGUUUUUUGUUGCUUUAUUUCUUUUCAGUAGCUACAAAAAAUACAAGUUAUAAAUGUAAAAAAAUAAUAAUUUUUUUUUCCCCUUUUUUAUGUUUUUGUACAGGAAAUUACGUUUGAUGCCUAUGUCUAGAUUUUCUAUGCAUUUACUCAUUGUUUCAAGUGUGUAGAGUACAAAAGAAAAGCAACAUUGUGUCCACAUUUUGGCAAUUGUGUGGGAGUACUCAUAGCAGGUUGCCUCAAUUUACCAUUGCCGUAGUACUUUUUAUAAAUAUUUUGUAAAAGAAUAAGGAAAAAAAAUAUUGUUUUUGAAUUUUGAUAGUGUUCACUAUUUUGUUGACUUCUGAGUCAUAAAUAUGUGUUUGUGAAAGCAGAAUGUUAUUGGCAUUAACUAUACAGACAGAGCAUACAUAGCGAGUACUGUUUCUCUGACUCUCGGCUUCAGUGCUUACCCAUGUACCGCAACUUGUUUAUUUUUGUUUGUUUUCUUCUCUCUUUUUUUAAUCUAUUUGAUUUGUUUUGGUUCAUUUGCAACUAACUCUUUCUUACAUGUUUGCUUGUGUUUUUGUGCAUAAAUUAAAAUAGCUUCCUACAAAACUUGUCUACAGUGACUGACAGAUUCAACGUAUCUGUACUCCUCUUUUUUUGUAAAGUUUUGCUGGGAAAUGAUCUAAUAAAUGUUUAUUUUCAUU